CAACCACCGCGUCGCUUGUUAAAAAGCUUGCAAAAAUGCCGGAUUCCGUAGAGGACUGUGAUAAUAUUAAUAAUUUAGAUAUUGUAAAACUCGAAACGCGUCGGCGAGACUCGUUUUUGAUAAAAAUAUUUAUUCUUGUGACUUGUUUUAAAGUGUUGCUGAUACCGACAUAUCAUUCUACAGAUUUUGAGGUUCACAGAAAUUGGCUCGCAAUCACACAUAGUUUACCCAUUCACGAGUGGUACACUAGCGAUAAAUCCCAAUGGACAUUAGAUUAUCCACCAUUUUUCGCUUGGUUCGAAUAUGCUCUUAGCAAAAUUGCAGUCUAUGUCGAUCCAAAAAUGUUGGAUGUCAAUAAUUUGAAUUAUGCAUCGAGUAAUACAAAACUUUUCCAAAGAGCAACUGUUAUCAUAGCAGAUUUAGUUUAUGCCUUUGGUAUCAGAGAGGUAGGACAGAUAUAUUGUGUUAAGUUUGAAUCUUUCCAAAAAUUGGUUGUUUUAUCUUUGUGCAAUAUUGGAUUACUUGUAGUUGAUCAUGUACACUUUCAAUACAAUGGAUUUCUUUUGGGCAUAUUACUUAUAGCAUUAGCUAAAGUAUCAAGAAUCACUAGAAAGGCUCAAGUAAUUCAAGGGGCCAUGUGGUUUGCUAUACUUUUAAAUUUUAAACACCUUUAUUUAUAUGUUGCACCAGCCUUUGGAGUUUGGCUUCUCAGGAAUUAUUGUUUCAAAGAUAGUAGAUUUAUACCUAGAUUGAUGACAUUAAGUGCAGUAGCCAUUUUUGUACUUUCUUUAUCUUUUGGACCAUUUGUAAAACAAAUUCCACAAGUUUUAGCAAGACUUUUCCCAUUUAAAAGAGGACUUGUCCAUUCUUAUUGGGCUUCUAAUGCUUGGGCUUUGUAUGUGGGAGCUGACAAAGUAUUAUCUGUGAUAUUUAAAAGAUUAGGAUGGUUAAAUCAUGUAAAGACUGCUUCUAUGACUGGAGGUUUAGUACAAGAAGAAACAUUUGCUGUUCUACCUACUCCCAGUCCCCUAGUCACAUUUAUCAUAACAUUCCUAUCGAUGGUGCCUGCCCUUUGGAUGUUAGCUUUCAAUAAGCGAUUUUUCGGAGAUCCAAGAAAAUUUUUGAAGUGUAUCGUUAUAUGUGCUCUGUCUUCCUUCAUGUUUGGAUGGCAUGUCCACGAAAAAGCUAUUCUCACAGCUAUUGUGCCUCUAUGCAUUUCAGCUAUGUUUGAUGUAUUCGAUGCAAGGAUAUUUGUUAUCCUAAGUUGUGUAGGAUACAUUGCACUGUUUCCAUUGCUUUAUCCACAAGAAUUUACGCCUUUCAAGUUGAUUUUAUGGUUCAUUCAUUUAGUAAUGGUCCGGUUACUUUUUAAAGCUCCAAAUAAUUCAGUGCCACCUACAAAAUUGGAAAAACUUUACAUUCGUAUUUUGCCAUUGAUUACAUGUUACGAGACAUUUUUACAUAAAACUUUAUUCAAAGAUAAGUUGCCAUUUUUACCAUUAGCCAUUACCUCUAUUUAUUGUGCUCUUGGUAUCACUUAUUCAUAUGCUCUUUUAUAUUAUAAUUAUUUGUAUUUUGCAUAA